AUGCUCGCUGCUGCCAGGACGACCGCCACCCGCCCCGCCGCCGGCGCAAGCCGCGCCCGCGUGGUCCAGGUCAACGCCGUGGCACAGCCUAAGCACAAGCGCGCCGCGGGGAAGGCGCCGCAGGCGUCGAGCAGCAGCGGCGCCGCCAGCAAGGCUAGCGGCGCCAGCAAGGAGGAGAGUCGCAAGGCGCGUGCAGCGGCGUACUCCACGUGGCAGGCGAUGGCGAAGCACGCCUCAACGUCAUCUGCGACCCCCUCGGGCUUCGACGAGUCUAUGAUGUGA